AUGUUGACACCGCCGGGCGAAGAGAAACCCCAGAAGCGGGUGAGGUUCCGCGUGGCUUCGGGGAACAGUGGUCGGGUGCUGAAGGAGAUUUUUAAAGAUAGGGGGCCGUCUGACUCGUUGGAUUCAGAUUGUACCAGUAGUUCGGAUGCGGACCGGGCCAGUACGCCUUCCACAAGUGGAGAUGCUAUCGGACAUGCUUUUCUACAUGGGUUUCUAGGCUCCGAGUUGGAUGAUAGCGAGAGCGAGCGGGAUGAUUUGCUCAUGUAUGCUGGGGCCUCAAAGGACAGAGCACCAAUUAGCCACAAGCGUGUCAACAUCCUCAGCAAAAAUGGGACUGUAAGGGGGGUCAAGCACAAAGUCAGUGCAAGUCAGGUCUUAUUUGAAAACCUCCCUAAUGCAUGUGGGGUAAGUGAUCUAGGUCACUUCAAGUAUGAUGAAUAUCCCGAGUUGACACUAGAAUUUGGGCGGAUAGUGAUCUACACCACCAGCUUUCGAGUAGUAAGGACCACGUUUGAACGGUGUGAGUUGGUCCGGAAGAUCUUUUCAAACCACAGGGUCAAGUUUCUGGAAAAGAAUAUAGCCCUGGACUGUGAGUAUGGGAAGGACCUGGAAGAACGAUGCAAGCGGGUGGGCGAACCUCCCUCGCUACCAGUCGUGUUCAUCGAUGGACACUACCUCGGGGGUGCUGAGAAAAUAUUGGACAUGAAUGAAUCAGGAGAACUUCAGGAUCGUCUGGCCAAAAUUGAGAGGGUACAGCACCCCCACACGUGCCAGACCUGUGGGGGCUUUGCCUUCAUCCCGUGCCCCAUGUGCCAUGGUAGCAAGUUGUCAGUUUUCCGCAACUGCUUCACAGAGUCGUUCAAAGCCCUGAAGUGCACCUGGUGCAACGAGAAUGGCCUGCAGCCCUGUUCCAGCUGCAGCCAAUGAUGACUCAUCGCCUGAUCGAAAUAUCCCC